CCCCAUUCCAACUACAAAUGCACUCAGUACAUACCCCCUCUCCAACCAGUAUCAGACCUCUAGCCCCUCAUUGUCAGUGCCAGCCCGAGCCGAACCGCGCCCACUCGAGUCCUCUUUCCCCCGAGUCGAAUGCAUCGCGCAGCGUUGCCUUAGACGAACGCGUCUAGUCCCUUUCAAAGUGGAGUCGCAAGUAUUGCGCAUCGUGCGACACCGCUUCACACCUUCACACUCUUUCGGGCUUAUCUGUGCGCGCACCAAGCACGCGAAGAUGAGUCAGACGAGUGUGAUGGCGUUUGCAGGCCAGCUGCAAGCCAGCAGCAGUGGCGCACGACAUGGUCAAGCGGUCAGUGGACCCUCCACGCCUCGGCACACGUCCAACAAGGCGAGCGAGAGCGCUCUCGCCAAGCUCAAGGCGUUGCAGACCCCUCCCUCUCAGCGAAGCAGUCCAGCUUCUGUCAAGCGUCCCUUUGAGCAACUCGCUUCGGACCCAUCAAAGACUCACACUCCCACUCAAACCAAGGAAGAGCGCGUCAAGCCGACAUUCACUUCUGUCGUGGAAGCGGCUGAACGUCAAAGGCUAGAGUCGGAGCUGCAAGAGCUGCUCAGCAACCCCAUACGCUUCCAGACUACCGAAUUCAAGCAGAGAGCUGUCAAAUAUACGCCUAUCAAUGGCGUGCACAAUGGGCAGGUCAAUGACAAGCGGGCAAACGGGGCAGCAGGGUAUGGCGAAGCGGGUCCAUCGAGGUCAUCACCAACGCCCAACCGCAAGCGCUCACGGACAGCGUCGGAGCUCUCAGACGAGGAGAGCGAGCGCAUACAUGCGUCUCCCCGCGGCACGCCUUCCUCGAGGUCGUUGGGUGGGAGCGCAAAGGAGCUGUACGCCCACAAGUUAUCUCUCAAGAUGCCUGGGUCCGUCGGUGCUGAGGGGGCAGGAUUGCACAACUUUGGCAACACCUGCUACCUCAACUCCGUCUUGCAAUCCUUGGUGCAUAUUCCUCCUCUCGCAUACACGCUACUGGAGCACGAUUUGUCACAGCUUCGCGGUCCGCUGGGAGGUGCUACGCGUCCUUUCGAUGCGCUGGAAGCGAUGCAAGAUGUAGCGCGUAGGAUCCUUGUCCAGCGCAAAACAUCUGCUCCUUCCGAAUUUCAUCAGAAGCUCAAGUCGUACGCCAAGACGCUUAGGAGGGGAUGUCAGGAGGAUGCGCACGAAUUUUUGAGGUUUCUGCUAGAGGCCAUGCAAGCCGCUUGUCUAGUUAGGGCAGCGGGAAAGCUCAAGGCAGAAGAUCCGUUGAAUCGCACCACGCUUGUUCACAAGAUCUUUGGCGGAAGGUUGCGCAGCAGGGUGACUUGUCUCAGAUGUCAUCACAACUCCGAUACCUUUGAUCCACUGCUGGACAUCAGCGUCGACAUUCGCAACGGGGGCUCGACGUUGCAAAGCGCGCUCGAUGCGUUUACAAGGACGGAACAGAUACAUGCGCAGGGAAAUAGUCGCUAUUUGUGCGAAGGGUGCAAGAAGAGGGUAGAUGCUACCAAACGAAUGUCGAUAGAUGAGGCGCCCACUGUGCUCACUGUGCAUCUCAAGAGGUUCACCAUCUUUGGAAGCAAGAUGUCCAAGCUCGUAGACUAUCCUCAGAAGCUCGUGCUUUCCCCGCGCCACAUGUCGGAAGGCAGUGCAGCCUCGAAAGCUGCUCAGGGACAGAGUCAGAGGUACAAUCUCCUUGCUGUAAUUCAUCACCACGGCAAUAGUCCCAAUAGCGGGCACUACAUUGCGCAGGUCAAGGCACCCAAAGGGGAUCGUUGGGUGGAGAUGAACGACUCGAGCGUGAUGCCCAUGAGACCUCCUUUCCGCCAAGGCAUCGCCAGCGAUCGAUCCGCAUACAUUCUAUUUUACGUCGCAGAGCCUCGGAACCUGGCCGACGCCAUAAGCGCCAAGCCUCUAGCUGCCACAUCCAUUCAACGACCUCUGAGCGACGCCUCGCAGCAGCGAGCGGCGCCACUUGGUUUGGGACUGCCGCCAAAGCGGAGGCUGUUGCCUUCUGCUAGCGAUGAGGAGGAGGAGGAGGGGGAGGAGGAGGAGGAGGAGGAGGAGGAGGAGAACGACGAGCAGGCUGAAGAUGUGGGCAAGCAACGCAUUGUACAAAGCGAGAAGACGACUUUUGAUCUGGCAAAGAGACAGAAGGAGCAAGAAGCGCGCAGCAGUGAUCAAAAACACAAGAAAAAGAAGCAUAGGCAUUCUACGGGAUCACUAGCGUCUGCGAUUGCCAGCCCGUACGUGACGGGCGGACAGGCGGGACGCUCCUCUGCUUUUGGCGGACCUAUAAACGGAUCCAGCUUUUACGCCUCUGGCCCCGCUGCUGCCAAACAAUCCAAACAGUCGCACGGGAUGAACGAAGCUCGAUCGCACACGCACGCGCAUUCGCACAACAGGCACUCGUACAGCCAUUCGUCGGACCGCAUAGACUUUAGACCCAGGUCUAUCGAUAGAGCGCGAGGAAGUUUCAAGAGCAGGAUGAAGGGUAGGUGAUCCUUUUUUUUCCAAUCUUGCUCUUGGCCCCUUCUUCCCCGAGCCCGCGCCGCGAUGCGAUGCGAUGCGAUGCGACGCGAACGACGAAUGACUGUGCCUCUUUGACCCGGUCCCCAUCAGCAUCUCGCCCUUCCUCUCUCGAUCGAGGUUCCACUCGCCUCUAGCUGCUCUCGCUCCCCACUCUCGCUCUUCACAAUGUCACCCUCACAUCAACUCACCUCGACGCCCGAUACAUUCAAAUGUGAAUCUGUUUUUUUUGCGGCCC